CAAUUCACGGAAAAAUCCAUGUGAUUUUAGGUAUUGCAGGAAACUUGUUGAUCUUGCACUUUGUCUGACUGGCUGACUGGAAAUGUGCGUGAUUUUGGAUGGACUUGUUCUUCAUCCAGUUCAAUGUUGGAAGGGAUUGACCUGUUUUCAACUUCACAGCGAGCUACUUUUGACACCGCAGCAACGCAUCAAUAUUCUUUCACUUUCCUGGAUUAAAGAGGCAGCAUCAAAUUAGAGUGAAAAAGUGGGUAGCUGUCAUCAGUUGCACUCUAUUGGAUUAUUCAGGUACAGCUGUCAUAAUUUGCACUCGACAUAGCAGGUAGCUGUUAUAACUUGGACUCCACAGACAGCUGUCAUAAAAUUGGACUCAACAGACACAGGGGUCAUAAUUUGGACUCAAAGAAGAGGCCCCUGUGGUGAUCUGGACUCCCAUAAUUUGGGCUAAAGGGACAGCUGUACGUCUAAUUGGCACUCUACUAUCUGACACUUCACAGGCCUAUACCUGCCAGAUUUGCACUCUCUUGGAGGUAAGGAGUCGGAAGCGAUCAGGAACAAAAAUAGGAAGAUAACAUCACAGCAAGUUUCAGAAACGAAAGACUUAUUCUUGCGUAGAAGCUUUCAGGACAGUAUUGCCUACAAAUACUAUAGGUGAGGGAAUGCCAUAAUCUGACUGAAGAUAGCCCUUGGUGUUUUGGAAUGAAGGUAAGUGAAGAGGUUCAAAAUCAACCUUUACACUUUCAUCAGCCUCCUCCGGUUCAUCAACCAUUGCAACCAUUGCAGUUCCCUUGUAAGCGUGGUUCUGAAGAGCUGUAUUCCCAUCCUGGCAUGGUAGCUAAUGGUACUAUCAUGAGCCCAACUCAAACCAACAUGGAUGUAAAUGACGCUAAAAAAGUUAAACUUGACCAAGUUCAGCCCCCUCCCUCCAAGGUUCUACACAUCCGUAAUGUCCAUGCAGAUGCAACAGAGCACGACCUCUUGGCUCUCUCCAUCCAUCACGGCAAACCAACAAAUUUUGUCCUGCUUAAGAAGAAGGCACAGGCACUGUUGGAGAUGGAGGAUGUCAUAAGUGCUCGUAAAUUCCGUGAUCACUAUAACCGAAAUCCCGUCUCAAUGUACGGCAAGCAGCUUCACAUUCAGUUUUCAAACCACACAGAGUUAAAAACAGAAGAUUCACAACAGAAUGAAGUUGUGAGGGCGCUGUUAGAAAUCUGCGGUGAAGUGAUGGAGAAAGAGGAAAACCGAAAGUGUGUGCUUAGAGUGAUCAUCGAAAACGUCUUAUACCCUGUCACAGUCAAUACUCUUCAUACAAUCUUCAAAAAGUUUGGUCAUGUUCAAAAAGUAAUCACAUUUACCAAAAACAAUACACUCCAGGCCUUAAUUCAGAUGUCAAACCCAAUAUCGGUUGUAGCCGCAAAGAGGGCACUUCACCAACAACACAUCUAUCCCGAUUCGUGUUUAUUGAGGAUAGACUAUUCCAAACUUACCUCGCUGAAUGUAAAAUACAACAACGACAAGAGCCGAGACUUCACAAAUAAUAGUUUACCCAUAGGUGAGGGCAUCACUGAUCGUGGAUAUGCCCCCUUUGCAAGUCCCCAGAACGUUAUGACGUCACCUUUUGCCAUGCCAAGUUAUGGAACAACGCCACUAACAUCGUAUGGGGCCACGACUGCCGGAGGUAUGCCGCUUUAUCAGUCUCCGACCACCAAUGCCGGUGAAGACCAAGUUGCCCAGUCGCGUCAGAAUCAUGCCAUCCUUGGGAAUUACUCGUACCACCAAGCGCUAAUAGACGCUCAGAUGGCCGCAUAUCCAGAUACGAGGUUAUACCACGGAAGGAGCUGGGGAGAGGGCAUGGGCAUGUUAAAUGGACGCGGACAUCAGGCGCAAAGCCUUCUUCAGUCUCCAGCGGGAUUAGCAUCACUACAGGCGGCACAAGCGGCCGCUGCAUUCCCCCAAAUGGGCAUGCCUACAAUGGGCGCUCCAGGUUUACCUCAUAUGCAGCAUCCCUGCCCCCAGUCCCCGGUACUGCUGGUCACCAACCUUAACGAACAGAGAGUCACACCUGAUGCUCUUUUUACCCUUUUUGGCGUAUAUGGGGAUGUACAACGUGUCAAGAUAAUAUACAGUAAAAAAGACAGUGCCCUCAUCCAGUUUGCCGACAUAGCACAAGCCCACAUGGCACUGUCUCACCUGAAUAAUGUACAGUUGUAUGGCAAACAAGUCAAAGUAACACCAUCUAAAUAUUCAGUCGUCCAAAUGCCAAAGGAGGGAUCACAGGAUGCUGGUGCAGCGCUAACUAAGGAAUAUAUCAAUUCACCACUACACCGGUUCAAAAAGCCCAACUCAAAAAAUCAUCAGAAUAUCUAUCCCCCAUCAGCCACGCUUCAUCUGUCCAACAUUCCACCUCUGAUUACUGAGGACCAGCUGAAGGACGCAUUCACUAGGACAGGAGGGGAAGUCGUAAACUUCAAGUUUUUCGCGAAAGACCGCAAAAUGGCACUCAUUCAGAUGGGUGAUGUAGAGCAAGCAGUUCAUGCCUUAAUAGCCAUGCACAACUACAAGCUGAGUGACUCGAAUCAUCUUCGAGUCUCGUUUUCUAAGUCCACCAUCCCGACCAACUAGGCCGCCUCCAUCAGUCAAGUCUACUGUGGAACUACCUACCACUUUCUUAUCAUCCUGGCUUCCAGCUUUCCAUAUCUUGUUAAAAAAGUCUUCUCACAACUGGUUGCAUUUAAAGAGCAUAGAUCUGACUUUUUCACUUUGGAUGUUUUUUUAUGAUUCUGCACUAUAUGCUGACUUGACUCAGUACUGCACCUCUUCAGACUUGUAGAGUUUUCACCAAUCUUUAGGCAAUACUAUUCGACCUUGAACUCUUUCGUUUGACCUUGGGAAUGACCUUGGAUAAAACAAAAUGGCCGACUCUUCUUUAUGGUUGUGAAUAUCCUGCCAGUACUGAGUACACAGAGAGUGUUUAUAAACAAUAUAUAUUGUUAUAUUAUAAUAUAUAUUAUAUUAUUAUAAUGUUAUUGUAUACUGAUGGUGUGAAUCAAAACAAAAAAAUAUGUGCAAGGCAUGAUUGCUGUAGAAGGAGAGUCAAUUAAGGCAUGAUACAAUGCAAGUUUACACUGCCCAUCUUAAGGACCCUUGCUCCACAGUGGCUUAAGGAACUCGAGCAUCACAUUCAGGACGCAGCAGAUUACAGAAUCCCCCAAGCAACGAUUCUGGUUUUCGACUGCUGAAGUUGGAGGGACACAAUGAUUGCAGAAUCUUCAAAACUUUAGGAAGAGGUGCUAUGAUGUCACUCUGACUGACCUUGGAGUAAUGCUUGCCUUAAACACAGCAAUCAAAAAUUUCUGUGACAUCUAGGAUGAACUACUUAAUUUUUUGAUACGAGGAAAUUUGAGACGCGUUAUUUUGGUAUAUUUUUACCAUUUUACUGAAUUUAGUUGUGACACUCUCAGAUUUUUGUGUGGAUUCGGAAAUGUGCCGCUGUCGCGUAGCAAGAUGUAAAAAUGCUAGUCAUAGUGCUGAAACGGUUGUGUUCCGCAUAUGCCUAGGUGGUGGAUUUAUAAUCUUGUCUUUUCUUAUUUGAGUGUUUAAAUAUUGGUCAAUAGGAGGCGUUUCGCCCUCGUGGCCAGGGGGUCUUGCGGAUUCUUUCGAAAAUGACUUGUACUUGAAUGGAUAUGAAACCUGUGUACUAGUGGAUCUCAAUAAAAGUUGGAGUGUUCCUGGAGAAUCUAGAUGAAAGUAGUUAGAUUACGAUCUGCUUAAACACGCCCGUCACCAAACCCAGGCGGAAAGCUGGACACGUCACUACAAAGAGUUCAUGAAGAAUUGCAAGCUUAAAAUCUCCGCAAUUAGAGUUUAGCCUCUUUUUAUAACUCUUAUUUUUGCAUUUUUUGGUGUUCGAUGUAUAUUGGGAACUUACUUCGGUAAUAUGAAUAUAUAUUUUUGCAUUUGAGGAUGUAUAGAGGAAGUGAAUCCUUGAUAAAAACUUGGGAUAUGCUUAUUUUAUGACCGGUUGAGUUUUUGUUAUCAAGUGAAUUCUCCCACUACGGCAUUCCUGUGCGCCUUGUAGAGUUCAUUUUGUCGCAGAUCCGACAGUUAUUCAGUACAUUUACUUGAAAUCAACGAAGAGCCGUAACAACUUUAAGGAUGGCCGUGUAAUCAGGGUCAUGUUAACUUGAGCCAUGUAGUUGAAACGGCUCCUGUCUGGUUUUACAGUAGGACUCAAUUUCGGUGAAACUGCGCUGAAAUGCACAUAGUAAGCGGUGCCAGUUAAGUUGCCUUACUACGGAGUUGGGUCAUGUGACCAGCCCGUUGCCUUAUUAGUCAAGACAUGGCAUCGUGUGUACAUAGAUGACUGCUUUAUAUUAUUCUUCCCAAUCCAGUGGAGACCUCGUCCCCAGUGUUUUUUCAUCUUUUUGUUUUUUCUUUCGCUGCAACUGAAUGGCUGAGUUAUCAAUCUUUAUGUUGAAAUUUUCACUUAUUGAAGCAUUCCACAAGACAUAAACAGUUCUCUCAUUGCUGGGAAUAAUGUUGCAAGACCUUAGAAUAUUGUCAUUAGCCCUUUCGGUCAAAUUUAACACCAGAACAAUCGGACAUCCGUCUGUUUGUCAAAAGAUAAGAACUGCCACCACAGAAUUGGCAGAAUUUCUCGCCUCAAGCAGUUCUGAUAAAUACCGAUGAUCCGAUACUGGUUUUCCUUUAAUUAAAGUAAUAUUGCUGGCUCAUCUCAAUUGAAAGCACCAAUUCUCGAGUCUGUUAUAUAGUAGUGUAGUGAUGCAAACAUUUUAAUAGGACCAUUAUAGGAACAUUUUAUGCUGUAUUUAGUCCGUCUGUAAAAAAGUCUAUAUGCACAAUGCAUGGUGCAAUCAGCCUAUAUUGGAGUUGUGUUUUCAAUUGGUAUGAGCCGAAGAAGGAGUCGUGAUCAAGGUUGUUUUCAAAACGUAAUGGGUAAAGGUGGUUGAGAAUCAUUACUCUUCAAAUUUAUACAGUAAAAAGGUCGAGGCAAUACUUGGUCAACUAUCCCACUCUGCCUCUUGAAAGAAAACCAUUCCUUGGUCCCUUCACUUUCUACAAUCGUUUUGAUGUUAACCAGACCUCAGUUGUAGCCCGACGUUUACGUUUUAAAUUUUUGUUUCACCCUUUUAAUGUUCCUCGCGAUUAGUCAAUUUUAGUGAUGUUAUUGAAUUUAAAGCGCGUAUACUGUGAUACCAGUGCUAGAACUUGAGGUGUGUAAUGUAGGUGUUGGACUUGUGUCUUUUCACAGCAAACGUUAUAUAGAUCUGCUGGUUAUUUCAGUUUAGUUAUAUACCAACACGUUCCUAUAAUCAUUUGUCUAUUUUCAUUUCGAUAUUAAGUCUUGGAUACUUCUUCAGUGUUAACCCUUGAAGAGCUGAUGAUGUCUGACUGGAGAAAUAUUGCAAAUGACUGAAAAAGUGCUGCGAAUACUAAAAGCAUCAGACACCUCAAGUACUAAAAGUUGCUGUUUUAUUGAAUUAUAAACUUCAGUAAUUAAAUUUGAUGUCGUAAUUUACCACCAGUCUGGCAAGGGUUAAUGCUGAGUUUGCUUUCUCCGGGCAUCAGUGUUUCACGUGUAUAUAUAAUUCUAUGUCGAGAGUUGGGUUAUGUUCUGGUCACGUGUUCAAAUCAAAUUGUACGCUUUUCGUAUCAGAGAGAAAUUCUUUGACAUUUUAACUUCUGAAAGAUAUUCCUUGAGAAAUUUUAACUUUCGUUUUGUGAAUUCUGAUGAUAGAUAUUCUGAUGAUAGAUAUUCUGAUGAUAGAUAUAUUCUGAUGAUAGAUAAAUAUGAGUAAGGUUUAUCAGCUAGAACUGAAUACUGGGUUGUGGGUUGGUUCGAGUUCAGGCCUGGAUUAGGGUUUCCAGCCUCCUGACUCGUAGUCGUAGCUUUGAAUUAAGCAGGUUUAGUUCAAAGUAACUGUAAAAAAAUUUCAUGUGCUGGUCUUAAAAAGCUUUGUGAUCAUUGGAAAGCUUAAGGCUUGUGGGCCUUCCAACAGAUACAAAUGUUUUUUCUGCAUUCACACAACUUAGUUAUAUUUUGUGAUUAGUAGCGGAACUGUUGAUGUGAAUUUCUAAUUGAAUUGAGAAAUUCUGUACUUGUAAUUACUGAAAUACUGACCAGGAGGGAUACCAUUUCAGAAUAUGCGACAACUCCUGGUGAAUGUUGAAGUAAUUCGGUGAUUAUGUGUCUUUAUUAUGUAUUAAGUUCUAGCUGUUGACUUGGUAGGAUUUUCCUUUCUUUAUGGAGUUGAGGCUUUAUGAACCGGUGUUGCAGUAGAGAUAGGAAGAUCUGAGUUAGUACUGCCCAGUUGGUGACACCCUACCCUUUGCCACUGGGAACGUAAACCUACAAACAAAUGUGCCUAAAAUGGGAACAAACCACAAGUGUAUACAGAAUUUUUUGUAGCUUUUAUAUUGACAUGAAUAUGAAUUUUUAUUUAUUAUGAAUAGUGCGUCUGGUCCGUCUUUUGAGGGAUCGCUAUUGUAAAAAUCAUGUACGUCAUAAAACCUGCACAAAGCUAUAGAAAGUUCUCACAGCGCGGAACCACAAGAUGAAAAAACACCGCUCGGCCUAUUUUGGUCGUCAGGGUCAAAGUGAAUGUGCACAUCAUUCCCUGAUUUCAAAUGUGAAUACCUUGUACCAAGUGGUUAGACAAAUUAAAAUAUCAUUUUGUAAUAAAAAUCAGGUGUCAGUUUUGGUGAUGAUAUAAUGAUUAUAUGAUGCCUAUCAUUUAUAUAUUUUUGAAUUGAUAAAUGCUAUUAAGUCAUGUUGAGUGUUAAUAAAUUUUAACUGUAGGGAAAUAUGUGGAUGUUUUCCGUGUUUGGUGUAGUGUUGACCUUGACCUCUCUAGAUUAAUCUCUUUCUCAGUUCACCUAACUGGCAUGAUUAACCCUCCAGUCUUCAUGUCACAAACUUCUUAAUCUAUAUUUUUUCAUUCUUACUACCAUGAUAUGUAUUCCUCGAUCUAUGAUAGUCAUUAAAAUAUUAGUAUCGAA